AUGUCUAUUAUAGCUAAAAAUUAUUAGGAGAUUGUAGAAGAAAGCAGUUGUUUAUAGAAGAAAACUAUUCGCAAACCCAAAAGAAGAAAUUAGUACACAGUGGAAUUUAAAUUUGGAUCAAAUAUUAAUACAGACAAACUUAAAGAUUAUGUAUAAGCUUAUUUCAAUAUUCCUGCCUCUAUAGCAGAAAAAUAAGUUAUAAGACUCUUCUCAAAUAUUUAGUUUCCAAAUGAUUUCAAAUAGUAAACUUAAUUAGGUAAUUUGUCAGUUGAUCCCCAUUCUUAUAACUAUAAAGUGAUUAGAAUUGAUAAGAAAAAUAAUUUAACCAUAUUCACUCUAGAAACAAUCGAUAAUCCUUUUACACCUUUUGAAUAAUUCUUUUAAAAAAUUUAAACAUGUAAUCCAAGACUUGCUUAAAGCUUUUAGGCUUUUAAUUAAAGGAAUUUAGAUCCAAAUACAUAUAAGUAAACAAAAGAACAAUUUAUAGAAGACUUCGAAUUGUAAUUGGAUUAACCUUUCACUUGUUAUUUAUACAAAUUAAAAAAUGGUGUAUGUACAACUAUAUAAAGAGUUAUUAAUGAUAAAUUUAUGGAUUUAUUAGGAAUAAGUUACAUGAUGUUGGAAGAUCAUGUAUUAUCAACUAAUAUAUUACCUUUUUCAACUUAUAUUGAUCCUUAUGAUGAUGUUUGUGAGAUUCUAUCUGGAUUAUUUGAAGGGAAUUUAAAAUAAGAUAUAAGAACAAGAGAAGUCAUGAAUUAUAAUGGUUAAAUAUUUCAUACUAGAGUAUAAAAUAAAAGUUUUUUUACAUAUAAUGAAGAACAGAAUGCUUAUUAUGAAUAUGCUUAUUAUAUUUAUGAUUGUGAUUCAAGAUGGUUGACAAAAUAGAGAGUGUUAAGAAAUUAAGAAGAAUAUUUUAAUGAAAAAUGGUUUAAUUAGGAUAAGUUGAGAACUAGGUUAGUAUCGGAAGAUUCCUAAACAAUUUUUUCUAAUAGAAGUUGUGGAUUUAAAUAAUUAGAUUUUUGA